CUCAAUCCGUCUCACUUGCGGUCCUCUAUAGCCCGCAGGCUUGCUGAAAGUGCCCCACUUCCUUCCUCAUAGUAGCCUCUGCGCAAUCCGAAUUGCAUAGUGAAUUUCCCUGUCACUCAGGAGCCUGGGCAGGGCUUGACCCCUAGUUCAGUUACCAGCAACCAGUCUUCCUCCACCUUCCUGCCCUAACCCCCACUGGGUCUCAGUCUCUGCAUCUGUGAAGUGGCUGAGCACGUCCAAAUGACGCAGGCCGCCUUUCCACUUCUUUCUACCCACGGCGCCUUGGAGUUUGAUUGGUAGAGGAUGAAGCCACAGCGGGAUCCUGGCGAGAAGUGAAACUGAAAGAAAAAAUUCCUCCUGGCUCUAGGGAGGCCGGCAGAGGGGGUUUGGAGUAACAGGCAGAGGUAGAGGAGGAGGGAGGUUUUUAGAAAGCUGACCCGGCAGGAGCUCUGGGACCCAGGCUUUCACUUCUCCUAAACACCCAACUGCGCCAUGUGAUGCAGGCCGGCGACUGCGGAUAGGGCCAGUGAAAGGGGAAGCCGGGGCAGCCCAGAGUUUCUCAAGAAGCAGAGAGACAGAGGCUGAGCCUGGAGGGAGGGCUGGAGGGGCCUGGGAGGGGAGUGGAGGCAGUGGGGGUUAGGGGGACAGGGAGAGGUAGAGAAGACGGCAGGGGCAGCAGGGUCACUGGGGCAGAGGGAGCCCCUACCCCACCCCCAGGGCAGGCCAGCUGUCCUAAGGAGAGGGGACAACAGGAAGGGGCGACAGACGGGGAGGCCGGGGGAAAGAGGAGGCGGAGGGGCUUCGAGGUGGAGCAGGGAGGGUGGCAGUGUGAAGCAGAGGAGGGGGAGCACAGAGAGGAAGGGUUGGGGUGGGGGGGGGGGUUGAGGAUUAGGGAGAAGGUGGUAGAGUCCGGGUAGUGAGCAGAGAAGGACUAGAAGGGUAGGGCAAGAAAGGGAGAGGGGACACGAGCGGUGAGAGAGGAGGGCCAGCCCGUUGGGUGUGGGAGAGCAGAGGAGAGCCGCGGGGGGCCCGGCACGGAGCCAGGAUGCCCGCGCCGCGCGCCCUGGGGGAGCGUCGGCCGCUGCUGCCUCGUGGCACGCGGGGCCCUCGACGGUGGCGGCGGGCGGCGGGCGCCGCGGUGCUCCUGGUGGAGAUGCUGGAGCGCGCCGCCUUCUUCGGCGUCGCCGCCAACCUCGUGCUCUACCUCAACAGCACCAACUUCAACUGGACCGGCGAGCAGGCGUCGCGCGCCGCGCUGGUGUUCCUGGGCGCCUCCUACCUGCUGGCGCCCGUGGGCGGCUGGCUGGCCGACGUGUACCUGGGCCGCUACCGCGCGGUGGCGCUCAGCCUGCUGCUCUACCUGGUCGCCUCGGGCCUGCUGCCCGCCACCGCCUUCCCCGACGGCCGCAGCUCCUUCUGCGGAGAGAUGCCCGCGUCGCCGCUGGGGCCCGCCUGCCCCUCGCCCGGCUGCCCGCGCGCCUCGCCCAGCCUCUACUGCGCGCCGGUCCUCUACGCGGGGCUGCUGCUCCUCGGCCUGGCCGCCAGCUCCGUCCGGAGCAACCUCACCUCCUUCGGGGCCGACCAGGUGAUGGAUCUCGGCCGCGACGCCACCCGCCGCUUCUUCAACUGGUUUUACUGGAGCAUCAACCUGGGUGCUGUGCUGUCACUGCUGGUGGUGGCUUUUAUUCAGCAGAACAUCAGUUUCCUGCUGGGCUACAGCAUCCCCGUGGGCUGUGUGGGCCUGGCAUUUUUCAUCUUCCUCUUUGCCACCCCCAUCUUCAUCACCAAGCCCCCCAUGGGCAGCCAAGUGUCCUCCAUGCUUAAGCUCGCUCUCCAAAACUGCUGUCCCCGGCUGCGGCAACGACACUUGGCCAGAGACCCUCAAGGUGCCCGACUAUGGCCUGACCAGAGGUCUCCCCAGCCUGGACCUUCCCCGCAAGAGGACAUCGCCAACUUCCAGGUCCUGCUGAAGAUCUUGCCCGUCAUGGUGACCCUGGUGCCUUACUGGAUGGUCUACUUCCAGAUGCAGUCCACCUACGUCCUGCAGGGUCUUCACCUCCACAUCCCAAACAUUUUCCCGGCCAACCCAGCCAACAUCUCCACGGCCCUGAGAGCCCAGGGCGGCAACUACACGAUCCCAGAAGCCUGGCUCCUCCUGGCCAACGUCGUGGUGGUGCUGAUUCUGGUCCCCCUGAAGGACCACUUGAUCGACCGUCUACUGCUGCGGUGCAAGCUGCUACCCUCUGCUCUGCAGAAGAUGGCGCUGGGGAUGUUCUUUGGUUUCGCCUCCGUCAUUGUGGCAGGAGUCCUGGAGAUGGAGCGCUUACACUACAUCCACCACAACGAGACAGUGUCCCAGCAGAUUGGGGAGGUCCUGUACAACGCGGCACCACUGUCCGUCUGGUGGCAGAUCCCUCAGUACCUGCUCAUUGGGGUCAGCGAGAUUUUUGCCAGCAUCCCAGGCCUGGAGUUUGCCUACUCAGAGGCCCCGCGCUCCAUGCAGGGCGCCAUCAUGGGCAUCUUCUUCUGCCUAUCGGGAGUGGGUUCACUGUUGGGCUCCAGCCUAGUGGCACUGCUGUCCUUGCCCGGGGGCUGGCUGCACUGCCCCAAGGACUUCGGGAAUAUCAACAAUUGCCGGAUGGACCUCUACUUUUUCCUGCUGGCUGGCAUUCAGGCCGUCACGGCCCUCCUAUUUAUCUGGAUUGCUGGACGCUACGAGAGGGCGACCCAGGGCCCAGCCUCCCACAGCGGUUUCAGCCGGGACAGGGGCUGAACAUGCCCCAUUCCAGCCCCCUCCCUUCACUCCACCAGACAGAAGCAGACCCAGCUGUGGCUUCCAUCUGGGUUUAUUCUGUACCCAACAUUGGAAUGAAAUGAUUCCCAUAAAUAAGGGGCAGAGCCCUUCCUCACAA